AUGAGGAUCGUGGCUGGAGAUUUUUCUGUGGGAUUAUAUGAGGGGACGGAGCAGUUCCGCAGGCCUCAUGUUUUAAUACCUCACCCAGAGUAUAAUAAAGCCACCAAUAAUGCAGACAUCAUGCUCAUUAAGCUGCAGUCUCCCAUCUAUCUGAACAGCUAUGUGUCUCUGGCGCCGUUGCCUCGGCAGGACACCAUGGUGGCCAUGGGAUGCGUGUGCACGGUGUCCGGCUGGGGCUUCACCACUCCAACGGGAGGAAUACCUGAAACACUGCGCACAGUCAAACUGCCCAUCGUGUCCAGCUCAGUGUGUAACGGCACAGACUCUUUUAAUGGAAACAUCACAGAGAAUAUGAUCUGUGCAGGAUACAGCGAAGGAGGAAAAGAUGCAUGCAAGGGGGAUUCUGGAGGGCCGCUGGUGUGUGAGGGCCGCGUCUAUGGUAUCGUCUCCUGGGGCAAUGGCUGUGGUGAUGCCCAGUACCCUGGUGUCUACACAUCCGUCUCAAGGUUUCGUCAAUGGAUCGAUGAAACUAUAUUUGGCUUUUAUGGAAGGUGCCUCAAGUAUUAGACUGCAGUGUUACCCCAGCACUUCCCUAAUCAAACUUGAAAUCCUCGAAAUAUGCCAACACAAAUACUGUUGCUACUUUCUUCUGUUCGAAAA